AUGCCUCAGACCCCAGAGCUCAUAAUAGAAGAAAUUGACAUAGAGCGAGAGUACAAAGACGAGAUAACGUCACUGCAGUCUGCCCUUGACCUGGAACGACGCACAAACGCACGUCUACUACAACGCAUCGCAGAGCUCGAAAACGAGCUUCUGAUGGCCCGGUUGCCAAAGGCAUGUGAGCAGUGCAAGAUUUACUGUCAACUCCUUGAUGAGCUACAGAAGAAGUCUGAGCGGCGCGACCAGGAGCUUGCUGCAGAGGCCUCGCAGCAUCCAGUUCCAAGCGGGCCUGCACGCGCAGUGUACAGUGCUAUUCAGCCGCUCCCAGCUCACGCAAUAACAUGCGAAGAGAUAGAGCCACUUCUCUUGACUCUUAGCAAGCAAAGCCCUCGCAACCAGAUACACGGAUCAGGCGGCACUCCUCGUCGGCAAACCCCUAGAAACAGGCGCUCUCCACGGUCUCGGUCGGGAUCAGCCACCAGGACCAGAACACCAAAGUCCCGAUCAGGGUCUACAAAGAUUGGGCCUCGAAGCGGUAGCACUCAAGGAGGUUCGGAGCAAAAUAAAAGCAAGCGGUCACCAGGCAACAAAAGAAGCUCACAGGGAAUGCGGAGCGCCAAAAUAGUUUCGCAGAUACCAGAUCACCCCUCAGGAAAGAAACGCAGCACCUCCAAGCCUUCCAACCCACGCAACUCCCAAUCCAGCGUAGCAGGAGCACGGCCGGUUAGAUUUGGAUUCUAG